AUGCUUUCUUCUUCGCUCCGUGUUCUCUGUCGCAGAGGCCCCUCAAUGGGCUCUCGUGCAUUCAGCACAUCUCCCGCCGUCCGUGCUGCCGAGGUCAAAUCGCUGGGAGUGAUUGGAGCUGGACAGAUGGGACUCGGAAUUGCUCUCGUCGCUGCCCAAAAAGCCCAGGUUCCAGUCACUCUGGUCGACAGUUCCCAGAGCUCUCUCGAUAAGGGCCUGAAGUUUGCGGACAAACUACUCGACAAGGAUGUAUCCAAAGAGCGCAUCACAAGAGAGGUGGCGGAUACUGCACGCGGCCGGAUCACGUCUACCUUGAAAAUGGACGACCUAUCAUCAGUGGACUUUGUCAUUGAGGCAGUCCCUGAAAUCCCAGAUCUGAAAACGUCCAUAUUCUCUAAACUUGCCCAGAUAGCACCUAAGCAUGCGAUCCUGGCGACGAACACCUCAUCCAUCUCGAUAACCAAGAUCGCGGCCGCCACGACGACAAAUCCCCAAGACCUUCAGGGCCCGUCGAGAGUAAUCUCAACCCAUUUCAUGAACCCCGUUCCCAUCCAAAAAGGUGUGGAGAUUAUCGCUGGCUUGCAAACGUCCAAGGAGACCAUCGAUACAUCUAUUGCGUUUGUCCAGCGCAUGGGUAAGGUUGCAUCCGUCUCUGCAGACUCGCCUGGUUUCCUAGCAAACCGUAUCCUCAUGCCUUACAUUAACGAGGCCGUUAUCUGCCUUGAGACCGGCGUUGGUGGGCGCGAGGACAUUGACAACAUCAUGAAGAAUGGAACCAAUGUGCCCAUGGGACCGCUGGCAUUGGCUGACUUCAUUGGGCUGGAUACCUGUCUGGCCAUCAUGAAUGUUCUGCACCAGGAAACUGGGGACAGCAAAUACAGGCCAUCUGGGUUGCUGAAAAGGAUGGUCGAUGCGGGUUGGUUGGGCAAAAAGUCCGGCAAGGGUUUCUAUGACUAUUGA